AGAACAGUAAAAACAUGCAAAACAAUUUCUGCUGCUUCCCUGUCGGCGCUGCGUGUUGACAUCACCGCUUCACUACGGCCCCGCCUCCGCACUCUGCUGAUGCUCAUCCUCCACUUGCAUCGGCACCAUUUCUGGCAUCCUCAUUAGGCACAGACGCAGAAAGAGACUACCCACCUCUCAGGAGCGGAGAGGCGUGAGACUGCUCGUUAUAGCAUCCCUCGUUACAGACUGGAACUCACAGUCCAGAGGCCCCACAAUCGACGCAUCACUACUCCAGAACCAGCUGAAGAGGAAGCCGUCAGAAAGCACAGCUAGCCUACUCUUAGGAAUGGAGAGCCUGCUGGAUAAUCCAAUGAAAGCCGUUCUGUACCUAAAGGAACUCACCACCAUCGUCCAGAACCAGCAGAGCCUGAUCCAGACGCAGCGCCAGCGCAUCGACGAACUCGAGCGGAAGGUGGAGGACCUGAUCGGAGAGAACCGACAGCUGCGUGACCCCCAUCUCUACGUCCAGCAGCCCUCUCAGCAUCAUCACCACCACCAACACCACCACCAUCACCCGGCUCACCGGAGCGCCGGCCCCCAAGCGUCGGCCCACCUCCACCAGCACACGGUGAGCGCCACCAAGGCGGCGGCUCAACUCUGCCAGCAGCUGCCGCUGCCUCUGCAGCUGCCGCCGCCUCAGCAGCAGCAGCAGCCGCUGCCGCCGCCGCCUCCUCAGCAACAGCAAAUUGCCCAUCAGACAGCCCAGCCUCAGCAGCAGCACCCGACUCCUCCAGCGCCGUCUUCCCACCACCCACAGCAGCUGCAGCUCGUCCCCACCUCGCCGCAGUCACCCAAAGUGAGCAAAGCCGGCUCCGAGUCAGUCGAGGAGGACAACAGGAGCGCCUGCUGCAAGUCUCUGGUUCCACAGACUCCAAGCACUCUCUGCCGCUUGGUUGGAUUGGGCAGAAAAGCAGACAACCAAACCGUUCUUCACCAGUUCUGCUGCCCGGCCCCGGAGGCCCCUGAGGCAGAGACUUCCACUGCCUGUGUCCCCAGCGAGGAACUUUCUCCGGACUCAUCUGUGGGGCAGAAGGGGAAGGGAGGUGAGGGGGAGCUGCAGAGUGAGGACCAGUCACAACCGGAACCAGAACCACCACGACAACAGCCCCAACAGCAGGAGCAAAAGCCUGAGCCACAUACUCUGCCAUCACAGCCCCAGCCUGAGCCAGAACCCCAGACUGAACCUCAGCUGCAGCCUGAAGUUGAACCCCAAUUUGAACCUGAGCACGAACCAUUGCCAGAACCUGAUCCUAAGCCCCAAGUUGAGUUCCUGAGUGAUGUUGUGCAACAGGAUCCUCCUGAACCUCCGUCUCCUUGCAGUGAGGAGAAGAUGGUGGUUGAGACAGAGAAUCACAAAUCAGAAGAGGUUGCUGAGGCAAAGACAGGACAUGAAAGAGAUGAGGUGCAGGGUGAUAGCUGCGAGAUCAAGGCAACACAAGGGGAAGAGGACGAGGGAGAGGGAGGACCUAAAGGAGGUGGUGCAGGCAGAAGGGCCAGUCUACACCACACAGCCUCGCCCCUGAGGGUGCAGCGCAACGGGGCCGGUUCGCACUCUGCCUCCUCUGACUAUGAGCUCUCGCUUGACCUCAAAAACAAGCAGAUCGAAAUGUUAGAGCACAAAUACGGCGGCCACCUCAUCUCUCGCCGCGCUGCCUGCAAGAUCCAGACUGCCUUCCGCCAGUACCAGCUCAGCAAAAACUUUGAGAAAAUCCGAAACUCUCUCCUGGAGAGCCGCUUCCCGCGACGCAUCUCCUUGCGCAAAGUCCGCAUGCAAAACACGGAGGGUUUCUCUGCUGAACGGGCCCUGGCAGAAGGCUGCAACUUGGCAGGCAUUCCAUUGGUGCGGUCGCCAUCUCUGCCUGCCUCUGUUGGCAGCACCUUGACCGAUCUGGAGGACUCAUUCACGGAACAGGUCCAGUCACUUGCAAAGUCUAUUGACGAUGCACUCAGCAACUGGAGCCUGAAGACCAUGUGCUCACUACAAGAAGGCAGCGCCUAUCAGUUCAGUGCUGACUCCUUUAAUGCAGCAGCAGCUGCUGCCGCUUCAGGUGUAGGAGGGGGUGGCGAAAGAGGCGGAAUGGGACAAGCAACAGUUCAUCAAGCUCCGGUUGAUCCAAGUGACCUGUCAAGAAGUGCAAGUAAGCUGAUGAUGGCCUUUCGGGAUGUAACAGUGCAGAUUGACAGCCAAAACUUUACAGUUUCAUCCUCAGUUAUGGAAUCAUCAACUUCAGUCACUCUGGGCAGCUGCAUUCAACAGCAAGGGGCCUCCACCACUGUAACAACAACUUCCCCAACAACAAAUUCCACACCAGUUCUUGUCACAGAUGGACCAUCAGAGCAACCCCCACCCCCAGAGGCUCCCACAGAACAAAUAGAUGUCCCACCACCACAUCAAGAGUGCCCACCUCCCCAUACAGAGACAGAAAUAGAAGAAAGUGAGCAGGAAGUUGAAUUUCCUGCCCCUCCCCCUAGCGAAGAGGAGCUGAGUGAGGAUACCCAACCUCCCCUCACCCAUCUAGAUAAGAUAUCUGCCAUUCAAAGCCUAGAGGAGGUGGCACUACCACCACCACCACCUCCACCAACAGAGCCCACUCAUGCCCCUCCACCACAGGACCCUAUGCUGCUGAGAAGCUCUCCUGUGGUGGAGCCUCUCGAUGUCAAGAGAUGUGGCUCAGAGACAGCAGACAACAGCUCAGAGCAGAUGAGCAGCAGCAGCACGUCCACCGAGGCGCGGUCGACAUCUGAGGCCUCAUCCAAAGAGGCACUUCAGGCCAUGAUCCUCAGCCUUCCACGCUACCACUGUGAGAAUCCUGCCAGCUGUAAAUCCCCAACACUGUCCACCGACAUCAUGCGAAAACGCCUGUACCGGAUUGGCCUCAACCUCUUCAAUCUAAACCCUGACAAAGGCCUUCAGUUCCUGAUCUCCCGUGGUUUCAUCCCGGACACGCCCAUUGGUGUAGCCCACUUUCUGCUCCAGAGGAAGGGCCUUAGCCGACAAAUGAUUGGAGAAUUCCUGGGAAACAGCAAGAAGCCAUUCAACAGAGAUGUCUUAGACUGUGUGGUGGAUGAGAUGGACUUCUCAGGCAUGGAGCUGGAUGAAGCACUGAGGAAGUUUCAGGCCCACAUUCGGGUCCAGGGAGAAGCUCAGAAAGUGGAACGUCUUAUUGAGGCUUUCAGCCAGCGGUACUGUAUGUGCAACCCUGAUGUGGUGCAGCAGUUUCACAACCCAGACACCAUCUUCAUCCUGGCCUUUGCCAUCAUCCUUCUCAACACUGAUAUGUACAGCCCCAACAUCAAGCCAGACCGCAAGAUGCUGUUGGAGGACUUCAUACGCAAUCUGCGAGGUGUCGAUGAUGGAGCUGAUAUUCCCAGAGACAUGGUGGUGGGCAUCUAUGAAAGAAUACAACUGAGAGAGCUACGCUCAAAUGAAGAUCACGUCACUUAUGUCUCCAAAGUUGAGCUGUCCAUUGUAGGCAUGAAAACGGUUCUCUCUGUCCCUCACAGAAGAUUAGUGUGCUGUAGUCGACUUUUUGAGGUAACAGACGUCAACAAGGCACAGAAACAGGCAGCACACCAGAGGGAAGUCUUCCUCUUCAACGAUCUGAUUGUGAUUUUGAAGCUUUGUCCAAAGAAGAAGAGCUCUGCUGCCUAUACUUUCUGCAAAGCUUUGGGCCUACUUGGCAUGCAGUUCCAUCUUUUUGAAAAUGAAUACUACCCUCAUGGAAUCACUAUCCUCUCCCCAUAUGGUUCAGACAAGAAGCAAGUACUCCACUUUUGUGCCCAAAGUGCUGAGGAGCUGCUCAAGUUUGUCGAAGACCUGAAGGAAUCAAUUGCAGAGGUGUCAGAGAUGGAGCAGAUACGCAUCGAGUGGGAGCUGGAAAAGCAACAAGGAGCCAAGACCCAGUCAGUUAAGAGCAAUGGGACACAGCUAGAGCUGCGCAGUAAACUGGGCUCCCUAUCAGGGGUUGUUGGCUGGACCAAAGUGCAGGCAGGAACUCGAGAACAUCAUGGAAACACAGAGAUAGAUGAAAGAAGUGGACACAAUGCAGUUGAGGUGUCAAUUCACAACAGGCUUCAGACGUACCAGCUCAGCAGCAGCAGUGCGGCUCGGAGUCCUGAGAGCGCGGCCCUUCUUAACAGCCACGGAGAGCUGCUUUUCCAGCAGGGUUUAACACAGGGGCCGGUGCCUCCACCUCAGCACCCGCAGCUGCAUUCCACGGCGAGCACCCCCGCCCAUCAUCUCCCCAUUCAGCUGCAGCACCAACCCGCCGUGAGCGUGGCCGAUCUACGGCCUGAGGCGCUCAUCCAGUGCCAGCAGAUUGUCAAAGUCAUCAUGCUCGACAGCAGUGGCCACGGACGUGUGGAGGCCUUCCUCAGACAGACGCCCACCCACCACCACUACCAGCAUCACCACCACCAGCUGAGCCAGUCCGCGAUGUCCACCCCCAUUCGUUCGCCAGAUGGCUUCUACGGCAAUGAUGGGCACCAGCCCCCGCUGCCUCCCCCACCUCCACCCUACAACCACCCACACCAGUAUAUACCCCCGGACCCUCGCCUCAGUCUACACCGGACCCCUAGUGGCUCUCGGAGCAUGGUGUAAAUAAAUAGACGUAUAAUUUCACAUAAACCUUCCUUCUGCCUAUUUAACAUACAUAUGUACAUAAUGUAAAGAUGCUGUAAACAUACAGAGGAAAGCUAUAAUGAUAAAAUAAAAUUCCACUUAUAUGCAUAUAUUUAAGGAAAAUAUUAAAAUAAUAACGGUUUUAAAUCAGACUAGGAGAAAUAAAGUGCAUAUAUAUAUAUAUAUAGUUUUACUCGAUUGCUCAUGUAUUUUGAAAUAUGUAGUUUUAACAAAUUUCUAUAACUUUCACAUUAGUUUUAACUCCUGCAAAAGGGGGAAAAAAAAGAACUAUAGAUACUAAAUUUAGUUUGAGGGUGAAUUCCUUGUCCACCUCCUACCACAAAUGAAUCCUUAAAACGUUUUGUGAAAUUUCCAAGAAUGGAUGCUCAGCACUCCGACGACCUCCUGCUUCUGUUUUUUUUUUCUUGUCCCAGACCCCAUGCCUACUUACUGUGCUGUAUGUGCACGUGUGUGUAUAGCUGAUGCUUAAUGGAAAACGUGCCAAAAAUACAUAUGCCUCCACUAAACAAUGACUUGUUUGCACUUGACUGAAUGCUAGGGCUUAAAGAGAAAAAAAAAGGAAUAAAACAUUAUUUAAGAUAGUAGUCAUUUCAGGCCUCUUCUAGCCACUUGCGCUUUUGCUGACUUAUUUAUGUGAUGGAGGGCCUUCUUCUCUUCCUCUCAACUCCUUUAGAUAAAAAAAAAAUGAAAUGGCUUUCUGCAAAAAGCUGUUUUUGUUUUCAAAUCUUCAUUUGUAUUGUGUCUGUUUCACCAAAGAAUACUUGUGGUUCAUAGACCAUAGAUCUGUGGUUCUCAAACAUUUUAUAACAAGUACCACUUUAGUAAAGUUUUCUGCUUACCACCACACUGACAGACAUAAAAACAGCAAUGCAUCAGGAUUUGGAGUUUUUCAGUUGAGUGAUUAUGGGAUUUAUACUGUAUAAAGAAAAUAAAAAUAAAAGAUUAUUAUCAAUUUGUACUGCAGGAUUGUUGCAGAAUACUAUUUAUGUGUGUGUUCCAUAUUUAAUUUUUAUUUUCCAGAUUAAAAUGAACAUGAAGGUCAAACAAAGUUCGAAUUUGAAUUGGGAAAGUUGUUGGUAUCUGACUAACCAAACCUCAAAAUCCAAUAUUGCUCUUUUACAUAUGGUAGUCAUUUUGAUUACUUUUUAUGAUUUUAAUUUCAUAAAAUUUUUCAUAUACAGUGCUGCACAACCUAUUUUAAACAUCAUUAGGUUGUACAGUAGGGGCAGCGGGUUAUUCCGAAUAACAACCUAAGCAAUCAAAACAUACAAAUAAAUCAGCACAAAUAUGUCUAUAAAUUAUAUUAUUUGUAACAAAGUGGAAUGACAGAGUUCAAAAGUAUUGAACACAUUUACUGAAAUGGUAGAAAUGUCUUAGUUGGAGAUGAUAGCUUCUAGUCAUGGUCCUGUAUAUAGAAACUAGUCACAUACAUUAUUCAGUGGUGAUUUUGGCCCAUUCUGACACACCCGACCACAAACUUUACUGUGGGUAUGGUAUUUUUAGGGUCUUGUGCAGAGCUAUUUCUCCUCCACCUGGUGUUUGCAAUAACAUCAAAGUGUCAAGAAAGUUCCAUUUUAGUUUAAUCUGACUAGAUCUCUUCCAACAUUUCAACAAUCUGUCCAAACCUUCAAACAGGUUUCAACAAGGUUUUUCUCAAGCAAUUGAGUCUUGUGCAGUGAGGGUUCAUAGAGGCCAUGAUAAUUGGGUAAAUUACUAAUUAUUUUCUCAACCUCUCAACAACUCUUGGGCAAAUCUGAUUAUUCUUUAUUCUGUUCUUUACACUUCCAGACUAUUUGCCCAGUGAUGCUUGCUGGAGAAUUCUGAAGUUUAAAAAUAUGUCUGUAACCAAUACCAUUAGUAUGUUUUGCAACAAUAAAGUUGUGGAGGUCUUACCCAUUAUUAGGUGCUUCUUGUGCAUUAUCUUGGCAAUGGUAAAGCUUUUUACAGGCCAUCAGUUAGGACUAAACCAGCUAACAUUAAUUUUCACUGAUAAGUGGCAGGAUUGCUUUCUAAAUACCGAUAGAUUUCAGCUUUUUCUUGGGGUUCUAUGCUUUUCUGCUCUACAUUUUCAACAUGCGUUCAAUGCCUUUUUCUUUUGUCAUUCUACUCUAUUACAUGUGACUUAUGGACUAUUUAGUUUUGAUUUCUUUGUAAGUGUUGAUUACAUCAGCAGCAGUCCUCAUUCUCAUUCAAUGGAAUGAGAAAGUGUUUUCAAAAUUGUGACUGGUAGUGUAUUUACUGUUUUAAGUGAGCAGUAGCCUGGUCACUCAGAAUGUUAGGUAGCAAUCCCACUAGUUUUUGAACAUGGAACAGGAACACAGUUAAUAGAAACACUAAUAGCUACCAUACUAAUAGUUACUGUUUUAAUUUGUACUUGGAAUUCUAAAAAAUGUCCCCAUUGCACUUCUCUUUUGAGACAAUCCUGAUGAAGUAGUUCUUAGCAUGCUCAUCUUCAUUACUGUUGGGUUUUUAAUGCCCUACAUAACCUUGCAAAGAAAGGUUCCACAUUUUCUUGAGUACCACUAAAGACAUUAGUUGUACUUGUACCACAGUUUGAGAACCAUGGCCACAGAUCGUAUAACAUUUAGGAUUUAUAGAAAUCAAAAACAACCAUGAGAAUUAGUUACUAGUGAACUACAUUAAGUUAAUCCAAGGAGGUCCAUCUUCUUGAUGGCAUUAAAGAAUUCAUCUGCUUACAGAAGGGUAUUGUUUCUUACUGUAUGUAAAACCUUUCACAUCUAACAUACUGUAUGUGUAACACUCUGUGAUCAGUUGCAGUCUUGUCAAAUGUACCCUUUUCAGGAAUUCCCAACUGAAUUCUUGCUAAGAUGCAUCUGAUACAAUUUUUUCAAUGUUAAAAUCUGUGUUUUCAUUAAUAUGCCUUUGUGCAACCAUUGUCUGUGUUCCCAUUGGUGGAUUACUGCCUGUUCUUCAGCAAAACUGUCUACGCCUUUAAUUCCCACAUCCCCAAGCUGUCAUCCCGGAUUCUUGACCAUUUUCUCUUCUGUCAUGAUCUUUCAGACUUGACAUUUUACAGGAAAAAAAGGCAAGAACUACAUGCUGGUUAUACUGCUUAUUUUAAGAAUGGACAAAAAAAUGCAAAUCUGAUCUUUUUCUGUUUCACCUCAGCUUAGAUUGUAAAUACCACGUGCGAGUGGAGUCAGGGAGGACAUGCAAGCUACCUUCAGCCCUUUUCAAAUUGCCAUCACCUGGUGGCGUGUCCUUCCUGCUGAUCUAGGUGAGCAUCUGCCCUAGCCCGGGAGCGUCCUUCUCUGAAAACUUAUGCCCCACCAGGUACCGUGGAAUGGAUGUUCAGUUAACUCUGCUCCCAUCUGACCUCCAUGUGUCUGAUUUGUUGAUUUAUAAUCACACACCCAGUGUGGGAAGGUCUCUAUCUCAUCUUUUUGUCAUUUUCCCCACUUUCACCUUGUGAAAAGACAACAGAGGCAGGGGGAACAAAAGCAAAAAGUGAGUGUGUGUUCCAGUAGGCAUAACUGAUGAGUGUUCAUUCUAAACAAAUCCAUCCACCCUGUUGUUUCCAUCCCACUGAUUGCUUUUAUUGUUUUUUUCAUAAUGCAAUGAGAGGAAUUAGCACUUUAAAAAUGAAUGAACAGCUCGGAUGAUUAGUUUAAUACUUUCACUGGCUUGGAACACAUUUUCAAAGGUUAUACAAUGAAUUUUAGCAGAUUACAUUGAGUUAUGAUGUUCUGGAUUAUACACUGAUUUAUGAUGAUUGCACUCAUUUGUUUGUUUGAAUCAACUUUCAGACAAAAAUAAUGGAUAUUCUUGUUUUUGUUAGUUUUUUUUUUCAUGCAUGACAUCUGUUUUAAAAUGUAUUGAAUCCUGAUUCCAAAAUGACUUGAUAUUAUCGGGCAUGAGUGAUAUAUUAUGUUUUUGGUUUUUGAUUGCUAACAUCGCUGUGAGACUAAAAACAAACAAUACGUUUUAGUGCCUCGUGACAAAGCAGUCGCCUGUUACAUGGACAUUAUUCUGUGUCUUUUUUAAUUUAUCUAUCCUGUUUUUUUUUUUCUCAGUUUGAACAAUGUGUUUUAGGCAUUUCAGAGCACCGAUAUGAUGGGUGGGCAAUGAACAUGAACACAAGACAGACUAAAUGGUUGGAUUUGAGUGAAACAUUCAAUGUAGCAAUUCGAAAGUGUAGCAAAUGGAACAUGUAAGGCAGAAACCUUUAAAAGGGCUUCGUCAUACCAGUGUACACCUUCUUGAGUUUAUGAUAAAUGGAUCUUGAUGGCCUAUUUAACACUGUGUCUGUUCAAAAUCAUAUAAAUAGAUACACAUAGACAUGUUUGAGGCUACCCAGGUGAAACCAUCUUAUCCGUCAGUUGAAUCAUUCCUCUACUUGUCUUUACAGUAUAUUAACUUGAAAUUAAAGAUUAUUUAAGUAAAUUGA